AUGAUAAAGUGGUUUAAUAUCUCUUUCUCUUUCUCUCUCUCUCUCUUUCUCUCUUUCUCUUUUUCUUUCUUUCUUUUUUCUUUCUUUCUUUUCUCUCUCUUUUACUCUCUUUCUCCCUUCUCUCUCUUUUACUCUCUUUCUCCCUUCUCUCUCUUUUACUCUCUUUCUCCCUUCUCUCUCUUUUACUCUCUUUCUCCCUUCUCUCUCUUUUACUCUCUUUCUCCCUUCUCUCUCUUUUACUCUCUUUCUCCCUUCUCUCUCUUUUCUCUCUUCCUCUCUCUUUUCUCUUUCUUUGUCUUUCACGCUAUCUCUCUCUCUCUUUCUUUGUCUUCACGCUAUCUCUCUCUCUCUUUCUUUCUUUCUUUCUCUCUCUUUCUCUCUAUGUCUCUCUCUUUCUCUCUUUCUCCUUUCUCUCUCUUUUAUCUCUUCCUCUUUCUCUAUUUUUCUCUUUCUUUCUCUUUCACGCUUUCUCUCUCUCGCUUUCAUUCUCUGUCUCUCUCUCUCUUUUACUCUCUAUCUCCAUUCUCUGUCUUUUAUCUCUUCCUCUCUCUAUUUUUCUCUUUCUUUCUCUUUCACCCUUUCUCUCUCUCUCUUUCUCUCUUUCUUUCUUUCCCUCUCUCUUUUACUCUCUUUCUCCCUUCUCUCUCUUUUCUCUCUUCCUCUCUCUAUUUUCUCUUUCUUUCUCGUUCACACUUUCUCACUUUCUUUCUUUCUUUCUCUUUCACUCUCUCUUUUACUCUUUUUCUUCCUUCUCUCUCUUUUCUCUCUUCCGCUCUCUAUUUUCUCUUUCUUUCUCGUUCACGCUUUCUCUCUCUCUUUCUUUCUUUCUUUCUUUCCCUUUCUCACUCUCUUUUACUCUCUUUCUUCCUUCUCUCUCUUUUCUCUCUUCCUCUCUCUAUUUUCUCUUUCUUUCUCUUUCACGCUUUCUCACUCUCUUUCUCUCUUUCUUUCUUUCUUUCUUUCUUUCUUUCCCUUUCUCUCUCUCUCUUUUACUCUCUUUCUUCCUUCUCUCUCUUUUCUCUUCUUCUCUCUAUUUUCUCUUUCUUUCUCUUUCACGCUUUCUCACUCUCUUUCUCGUUUUCUUUCCCUUUCUCUCUCUCUUUUACUCUCUUUCUUCCUUCUCUCUCUUUUCUCUCUUCCUCUCUCUAUUUUCUCUUUCUUUCUCGUUCACGCUUUCUCACUCUUUCUCACUCUCUUUCUCUCUUUCUUUCUUUCCCUUUCUCUGUCUCUUUAACUCUCUUUCUUCCUUCUGUCUUCUUUCUUUCUCUCUCUAUUUUUCUCUUGCUUUCUCUUUCACGCUUUCUCUCUCUCUCUCUCUCUUUCUCUCUUACUCACUGCAAUGAGCUCUCGUAG